AUGGAUGAAGAUGCAGAUGCAGAUGCAGAUGCAAAGGGCUAUGUCAGCUGGGCCAGGAGAAACUACGAAGAAGAGACGAAAGGGGUUACCUUUUGCGCUGGCCGGGAUGCUCGGGUUGGGCAGAACCAAAGAAGGAUGAAGGUCCCCAUCUGCCACCUGUUCUCUCUAGUGCGACAGGGCUGGACUCAAAAGUGCGUCCAGCCUCCACGAUGGGCUUCUUCCUGGUUGGUCGCUCACUCAGCCACUUGUGCCGAACUCGAGAGUAUGCCCAAAAAGAGACGACGCUUGUGGGCUGAAGGAUGA